CCGAUAUUUCCCCGUAAAAUCUUGACUCUUGCAUGAGGGAGAUGGACUUUUCAUAAUUAUGGGUAGUUACUGUCCUUUGUUUGAGAUGACUAGAUGAUAUCAUCCAGAGAGGGUGAAUCAUUCUCUUGAUCUACGAGGAGUCUGUGUGUGAAGUUCAGCACCCAAACUCAAACCUCCCUUCUAAGGUUCGAUCUCCUUCCCGGCUGCACGUCCUUGGAAAUAUACACGGGCCAGGAGCUUUGGAAAACACCAGAUUCCAGAUUGAGCAAGGGGCCACCUUGACGAGCACAACUUCACAAUGGAAACAAUGGAGGCUCUGGACAAGUUUCUCGGAAUCACCGAAACUUCCUUCAAUCCUAAGCAAGCAGUUGCUUGGGUCGAAAAAAAACCACCAACCACUCAAGCCCUGUAUGCCAAAGACAUCUUCCAAGAGCUGUUUCAAAGCGCUGCAAGGCCCAAACAAUCUUCAGGCAAUGCCUGCGUCAAAUUGUGUGGUUUCAUUGAGCUCUGCGCCAGGUCUGCUUCCACACCCCUGAGCAAAUUUGCUUUUGCUGAGGAAACCGCCUGGGACUUGUUCAACUUCUUUAUCGAGUGGAAUGAACAAGACCAGCAUCGUUCUAUGCGGCUGGUCCUUGAUUUUCUCAAACUCUUCAUUUCCAACAACCCAGACCCCGAGGUGGGCAAGGUCAUCAAGACAAGGGUCUUGAAUGAUACCAUUUCUAUGAUCGCAUUGCAAUCCACCAGACCUUCUGUAAAGUCUGCUAUGACGGCUCUGGAUCACUUCCUACAAAAGAAACUGCUAAACUUGCCAGAUGUGCUGGAUAUUUACCGUCAUGUACAUCGGAUUCCCAGCAGCCAGGAUGUUACUUGGGAUGAAUUCAUCACCAAAAUUUUCAACUGGAUGGAUAUGCAGUAUGUGUGUCCUCAAGCUGGGAAGCUGCUUGUGACCAUAUUUACUAGCCCCUGGUCUGAAGAUGAGGAGACGAGGUUCUUCCCAGACUCCUGGCACAAGUUUCUACGCAAGGCCUUGUUCACAAAUACUGAGCUCCUCGAGCCUAUUAAGCUUUACGUUCUGGUCCCGUUGUUCAAAUCAGACCGGACUCAAUCAUUGGCAUAUGUCAACUAUUUGUUCACUCUGCAGACCUUGACCUCUAAAGAUAACAAUGACAUAGAUGUCAACUCGGUCUUAUGGCUGGCAACACUCGAAGCAGGAAAGAAAGUCGGUGUAGUAGAUGAGCCGGAUAUUGAACCAGGCAUAUUGCCUGGGCUACACGGAGUUACUCGAGUUCAGGCGGGUGUGCUUGAAGAUAUCCUGGGCCAUUCAUCUCAUGAAGCACGCUCUUCUGCAGUUUCCAUCCUGAUUGCAUCGCCUUCCACAACAAAGCCAUACGCCGCUGUGGCUCUGAAACUGUUGCGUAAGCACUUGCCCGCCUUCCAUGCGGACACGGAUGCAAAAUUCAGGUACGACGUGCUUGGGCAUUCGAGAAAUAUGAUCAAGCGAAUCCACGGCGCGAUCGUUUCCCUCAGCCGAGAACAUGAGCGAAACUUCAAGAAGGCACAGAAAUCAACAAACAAGCCGGGGCUUGCUGGUAAUGAUCAGUCUAAAAGUCCCAAAACUGCCACGUCCACGGAUCCCCACGCAGCACUCCUCCAACACGAAGCCUUUGUUCACUGGUAUCUCGAGUUCCUGAAACAAGAGCUUGUCCCUACUGCAUCCUACCAGCGCCACAUAACUGCCUUGAAAGCCACGACUCUUGUUCUCAACGCUGGUCUGGUGUCAGGAGCACAUGAUGAAUGUUCUACAACCGAGGCAGCAUUCUCUCUUACUGAUGCCACUUGGGUACGAUCAGUGAUGGAUCUAAUAAUGGAUCCUUUCGAUGAUGUGAGGGAGGCAGCGGCAUCGUUAUUGAUGAAAUUGCCUUCGGCAAUCGUAGUCGACGAGCUUGAAGAGUUCUGCACCAGAGCCAAUGCUCUUGCUAGCAAAACAGCUCGAGCCGAUCAUUCUGAUGGAGUUGCUCGAUCCCAGGAGCUCCGCUGUAGUCUGGCGACAGCUCAAAAGGACAAGUUGAUAAUACCUGAGAAGCUUAUCGUAGAGCUUGAAGCCAAGCUUUCCGCAGCUGAAAAAGAUCUGGCGUUGGCGGUGCUCGAAGCCCCUGUCCAUGGCAAUUUUGCUUCGCUUAGAUACAUCUGGGAGGCCCUUUCGGGAGGUAAAUAUUCCCAGCAAGAACUUGAAACUCUCAACUCACUGCAAAUACGUGCUAUGACUUGUUGUAUCAGGAUCUGGCAAAUGGUCAGGCACGUCCUUUGCGAUGAUUCCCCUGAGGGCCACUUGCCUGAAGAACUGGAAGAGGUUGAUGGACUUGAUACGAAAGAUGUGCUUAGCUACAGUUUCCGUGCAAUCCACGAGUCAAGUAAUCUUCUGCGUGCCAUCAUUAGCAAUGCCAGGUAUCAUGGCAUUCCUGGAUUCCUCUCCCCAACACCUGGCGACUUCGAAGCAAUCGGUAGAUUGACGUUCGACGAGCUGUCUCAUUUGCGGCACCGAGGAGCCUUCACAACCGUGUCCCAGACAUUUACGAGCUGUUGCCAAUUGGUCAAGUUUUACCCUACUCCGUCUGGCGAUCAAAAUUUUCUAUUGGAUCAAUGGUACAAGGGAACUCUUGAUUGCAUUUAUGCUCAAGUGUCAACGACCAGAAGAUCAGCAGGAAUACCGGCUCUCAUGGUCGGGGUCCUCUCAGCCAAUGCAGAACACCCCUCUGUGCAAACUGCUAUACAAGAAUUACGAGGCAUUGCGCAGAAGCCAGCACGUACGUUGGAUACAGAUGGAUCUAAUUUACCCCAAGUUCAUGCGUUGAACUGCUUGAACAAUAUUUCCAAGAGCUCCUAUCUGAGCAAACGGGCAGAAAUAUAUCUUACUGAAUGCUUCAAACUAUCCACUGAUAGCUUGAAAUCUGAAGUUUGGGCUAUUCGUAAUUGCGGCCUUCUUCUCCUCAGAAGUCUCAUCGACUGUCUCUUUGGGACCAGUGAAAGCAAAAUAUCAAUGGAAGCUGGAUGGGACGGCAGAACGACCAAGAUCUCUUGGCACAAAUUCGAGGCACUUCCAGCUGUCCUCGUAAGCCUACUAGAAAUGGGCCAACAGCCUUCAACCUCAGCCAAGGGAAGUGAGACGGCAGAAGCGGUAUUUCCUGCGUUGGACAUUAUUCGGCGUGCUGGCCCUCCAGGGCAGUUGAAGGACCAGCUGUAUGACAGUAUCGCUUGGUAUCUCGGAAGCCAUCUUUGGCAUGUACGGGAGAUUGCUGCUCGCACGCUCUGUUCGUUCCUGCUCAGACCAGGCUGGAUUGACCCGAUCCGAGCUCUGCUUGAGGAGUCGAGAUCUUCAGCCAAUAGGCUUCAUGGUGCCUUACUGACGUUCAAGUUCUUGCUAGAGAGACUACUGGAUGUCAUGCCAGAUCAACUGACAUGUUACUAUCCAAAUGUGCUGGUAAGUGUCCUGGAAGAGGUGUCAACCCAAGGAGGCAGCUUUCAUACUUGUUCAGAAGCACGAGCUGUUUACUGCGAGAUUGUCAGCUUUGUGAAUAACUUACGUGUCUUCGCUGCUGCAUCAAGCACUGAUCCCAGCGUCGAACAUGCACUUCUCCAACCUAUUUCAAUGAGUACAGGUAUGCUCGACUCGAGCAACCAGGAGCAUUUCUCUUCGGCCCUUCUCAGUUCGAAACAAGGGCAAGCUAUCGCAGGUUACAGUGUGCUGGAACUUUUCAAUCAUGGGAAGACACCAGAGAGUUUCGACCUUGGCUCAGCAUUGAGUAGCGACAUAAAUGUAGCAUGCGAUAUGCUCGAGACCUUGGCAAAGGCCUCGGCUGGAUCACUACCCAGCCAUAUUAGUGUAUCGCAACACCUGAUCCGUAUUUGUCUGAAAACAUGUCAGCAGACGGAUGCACCAGAGCCACAAAUAAUUGCCCUCGAGAUGCUCGCACAGCAUUUAGACCUAGUCCUGGGAAAGCAGCCUGCGGAGCUGAUACUCCCCACGAAGGAGGAGAUUUGCCUCUUAUGGGCAGAUCUACGAUCCAAAUCCAUGAAUCCAGGCCUCUCAGAUGCCAUCAUACAAGCCAGCGGGCCUCUCCUUGCUGUCGUCAUGAUUCAAACUAAACAGCCAUCUGACUCCGACAACAAGUCCUGGCUUAGGUCUUGGGGGACAAUGAUGGGCGAUGCUGGCCUAGCCGAUAAGGCCUUUGAUACUCGCAUGGCUGCCAUUGAGUCCAUCCGUUCCUUCUCAUCCCACGUUUCCCUGUCGUCCCAGACGAGCACCUCGACCGCCCACCUCCCCUGGCUCCUGGCGCUCUACGACGCGCUCAACGACGACGACGACGAGAUACGCGACGUCGCUGCCGCAGCCACGGCCCCUCUCCUGGGGAAAUCCCUCGUCUCUAUGGAAGCCGGUGUCCGGCUCCUCGCCUGGCUGGGACAGCGCUUCGGGCACACGAACGAGUUCCGUGCUCAUGUUGCCUGCCGGAUGAUUGGCCACUCUUCCUCUAGUGGUAGCGCUGGCGUUAAUGUAAUAAACGAAUGGUCAUCCGCGGAAAACCAACUAUUCAAGGCCAUGGUCUUCGAUGAUGCGCUGUUCGUCGUCGAGGAGCAAAACUUGUAUAUCGAUGAAGUGAGGGAGGCGCAACGGUGGAGGGAUAUUUUUGCAGCUCUGCCAACACAUCAGGAGUCUGACGCUGUUCUGGAGUCUCUGAAAAGCUGGACCGUUGACGGUCUGAAGGCAACGACGAAAAUGGCAGAGACAGAUGACGGGCCUCUGGGGUGGACGUCGAAGCCCGAGGUAUUUGCCAUCUGCGCCCGGAUCGUGAUUUCCGGUGCAGCAUUGGCGGAAAGAGGAGACACAGAAGUGAGCGAGGCGUUGCGGGCAUUCUGGAUCAAGGGGACGGAGUUCAGGGUCCAUGGGCAGGUAUUGGGUAUGUGUGGGUUGGAGUGAUACAUCGUUCUACCUUUGAGAGAAGUAAAGGGGAAGCAGAAGGGGACUUUGCGGAUACAGAUGCAUUGAGUAUGUAAGCCUUGCAGUUUUGGCGUACACAUCGCAAUGUAUUCCUCAAUACAGGCUCGGGCA